AUGAGCCAUGCGCUAACGAAUCCGGUGGACGUACCACCGUACCAGCUGCAGCCUCUCGUCGAGAGAACAAUAGGUGACCGUAAGUUAUUCUUUAUACAAAUACGUUGCGCCCAAGCAUUCGGUUCUGAAAUAUACAUCGGCUGCACUAACGGGGAGCUGCUUCGGUAUGCGCUGCAAGCCAAUCCACAUGCCGUGCAUUCGUACACCCUUCUGUCGCGGCAGAACGUCACGCACGAGCGACCCGUGCAGGAGAUCGUCCUCCUCCCUGGCCUAUCGGCCGCCCUCGUGCUCGCUGACCAUCAAGUAUCCAUAUACAAGCUGCCAUUUCUCGAGCUGAUGCCCCCGACUGUCAUUAAGCCAAUACGGAACGUGGUAACCAUUGCCGUGGAUGAGCAGCAUCUGCGUCGUCCGGUCCGCUCGGAUCCUUCCCAGCCCGCAGAUGCAGUUGAGUUCUGUGUGAUCAAGCGAAACACGAUCGCGCUGUACAGUCUCCGAGAACGUCUAUUCUUCCAGAAGGAGAUCCCCCUGCCCAACGGCGGGCUCCUGGCCAGACGCAGCGGCCGCUCGCUGUGCGUCGCGGACAACCAGAACACGUACAACCUGAUCGACCUCGACUCUGCCACCAUGUUCCCUGUGCUGCCUAUCAACCAGGCGGAGAGCGACGUCGCACUGAGGCCGUUCAUCACGGUCAUCAGCGAGAACGAGUUCCUCAUACUGUCGUGGACCGGCGCAAGCACGCUCGGCGUGUUCAUAACCGGCGACGGCGAUCCGGUACGGGGCACGCUGGAUUGGCCGAGCUACCCUGAGUCGGUGUGCCUGGACUACCCGUACAUCACCACGCUGCUGCCGAACGAGACGAUAGAGAUCCACAACAUCGAGACGCAGGGGAUUGUGCAGGUGGUGUCUGCGCCGGGGACGACGACGCAGGCGGAGGUGGCGGACCGGAAGCGGCUGGUGGUGUGUGCGGGAGGAUUUGCGGUGCCGUCGUCGCAGCGGUCGGACAAGCUGCGGCGGACGGCGGUGGCCCUGGUGCGGCAGCGCGCAGGAGACACGCCGGAGUUGGAGACGGAGGUCGAUGUGGAUGUUGAUCGAGAAGAGAUCUAA